UCGUGCACGUUAGUCUAGAAGUGAAAGUGAAAGCGGAGCGACGCGCUGGUCGGUGAAUUGCUGACACACGGGGGCACGGUACCGUACCGUACCGCACCGCACCGAACGGGGACCGAGACCCUCAGCUGCUGGGCAUCGCCGGAUCUCUCCGCGCUUCUUCUUGUCGUUUCCGAACACCGCGCCGUUGAGUGAUCGCCCUGAACACUUUGUCCGAAGAUCAUCAUCAUCAUGAUGAACAUCGACCAGCGGCCCUGUGAGUCCCAGAGAGGCGGCUUCUCCUUCGAGAACUCCCGCAGGAAUGCAAUGUUAGAGGAGAACCUGUCAAAAUUAGGGUACAGUGCCCCCAAGGCCAGGAAGACUGGGACCACAAUCGCUGGAAUAAUGUACAAGGAUGGAGUCAUACUGGGGGCAGACACAAGGGCAACAGAUGACAUGGUGGUGGCUGACAAGAAUUGCAUGAAGAUCCACUACAUCGCACCCAACAUCUAUUGCUGUGGAGCAGGAGUGGCCGCGGACGCAGAAAUCACCACCCAGAUGAUGGCAUCCAACGUGGAGCUACACUCACUAAGUACAGGCCGUCCUCCUAUGGUGGUCACAGUGACAAGACAGUUGAAACAGUUGCUUUUCAGGUACCAGGGCCACAUUGGCUCCUCUCUGAUAGUGGGAGGUGUGGAUGCAACAGGGACCCACCUCUACAGCAUCUACCCACACGGCUCUACUGACAAGCUGCCCUAUCUGACCAUGGGGUCAGGAGCAGCAGCUGCUAUGUCGGUGUUUGAGGAUCGAUACAAACCAAACAUGGAGCUCAAGGAGGCCAAGACGCUGGUCCGGGAUGCCAUUGCUGCCGGAAUCUUCUGUGACCUUGGCUCUGGCAGCAACGUGGACCUGUGUGUCAUUACCAAGGCUGGGGUGGAGUAUCUCAGAGGCUACGACCAGCCAGCACAGAAGGGCCGCAAACAGGGGGAAUACAAGUACAAGCCUGGGACCACAGCAGUGCUCACAAAGACAGUGACACCACUCUCCCUGGACCUGGUGGAGGAAGCGGUCCAUCUGAUGGACACCAAGUGAGCGUAACCAUGACAACCAUACAGGAGAAACAGUGACAUAAAGGCCAUCAAUGCAAAAAUGACAAACAUACCGGGGGAGACUGGUGGAAAAUACUUAAUGAUGUCUGUAUUAGUUUUAAUACGAUUCAUCAAAAGAAUGUAAUACUAAUUGUUCAAUACUUCCUUUCAUUAAUAAUGAAAAAUAAAAUAUGGAGCUAUCAUUUACAUCAGCUGUGUUUUGUGUGGAUCAA